AUGGGGAGCUCAUCUGCUGUGUCGACUCCCGGAGGAGCAGCGUUUACGCCUACGAAGUCCUUAGCUUCUAGAAAGAGCAAUGGGGCCCUACCCUCGACUGGAAAGAAGACAGCACCUGUGAAUGCAACUUCUAUAUCCACAUCAUCCUCGUACCUCAGCCCUCGUCAACACGCUUCUUCUAAGGGGGCCAGUGAGCCGAGUACUAAAGGUGGCAACCCUAGUAACGGCAUCAAGGGAGGAAAGGCCCAACACAGGACUAGCUGCAAGAGCCUGACUCCUACGAAUGGCAAAGGUGGAGCUACUUCUAAUGGAAUUCCG